GGCGGGGAGCGGCGGGCGCCCGAAACGGCCCUGGAGCUCGGAGCGCCGCGCGGGAGCAGCGCGAGCCCGAGGGGGCGGGGAGGCGGGCGGGCGUGCGCGCGCCGGGCGUGGGUGUGGGCGUGGGUAAGUAGAGCGGGCGCGGCGGCAGCGCGGGGCAGAGGGACGCCGGCUACCCUGGACAGCGCAUCGCCGCCCGCCGGGGUCGCCGCGCCGCAGCCGCCGCCGCCGCGGAUCAUGGAGCAUCUAAAGGCUUUUGAUGAUGAAAUCAAUGCUUUUUUGGACAAUAUGUUUGGACCUCGAGAUUCUCGAGUCAGAGGAUGGUUCAUGUUGGACUCUUACCUUCCUACCUUUUUUCUUACUGUCCUGUAUCUGCUUUCAAUAUGGCUGGGUAACAAAUACAUGAAGAACAGACAUGCUCUCUCCCUCAGGGGUAUCCUCACCUUGUAUAAUCUCGGAAUCACACUUCUCUCCGUAUAUAUGCUGGCAGAGCUUAUUCUCUCCAGUUGGGAAGGAGGCUACAAUUUACAGUGUCAAGAUCUCACCAGUGCAGGGGAAGCCGAUGUCCGGGUAGCCAAGGUGUUGUGGUGGUACUAUUUCUCCAAGUCCAUAGAGUUCCUGGACACAAUUUUCUUUGUUUUGCGGAAAAAAACCAGUCAGAUUACUUUUCUUCACGUAUACCAUCAUGCCUCCAUGUUUAACAUCUGGUGGUGUGUUUUGAACUGGAUACCUUGCGGGCAAAGUUUCUUUGGACCCACACUGAACAGUUUUAUCCACAUUCUCAUGUACUCCUACUAUGGCCUUUCUGUAUUUCCAUCUAUGCACAAGUAUCUCUGGUGGAAGAAAUACCUCACGCAGGCUCAGCUGGUGCAGUUCGUGCUGACCAUCACGCACACACUGAGCGCGGUGGUGAAACCCUGCGGCUUCCCCUUCGGCUGUCUCAUCUUCCAGUCGUCCUACAUGCUCACCUUAGUCAUCCUGUUCUUAAAUUUUUACGUUCAGACGUACCGAAAAAAGCCAAUGAAGAAAAAUACGCAAGAGCCACCUGCAGGGAAAGAAGUUAAGAACGGUUUCUCCAAAGCCUGCUUCGCUGCAACUAAUGGGGUAAUAAACAAGAAAGCACAGUAAAUGCCCAGUAACAGACAAAGCAUAUAUAAUAGCCUCACAGAUUCGCUUGUUUUAAAGCAAAGACUGAAUUGAAAGUUAUAUAUGUUUUAGCAUAAACUAAUUUCUUUUGAGUUUAUAAAUCAUUUGUACCCGGAAUGUAUUAAUAUAUUGCUAUUAGGUUAAUCUGUUAACUGAAUGCUUCCGUCAACAUACGUGUCACCUCAGACACCGAACUCUGUAGACCUCAGAACUGGUGUGGCUCUGUCUCCUCCCCACAGACUGACCCCCUCACCAGAACCGUCGGUAUAACGCCUUAUACACGUACAAAGCCAGGAAACACGGAGCCUUGUUUUCCGAAGCCAGUCUUCAAAUAAAAAGUUUUAUUCAGA